CGCGGGCGGAGCGCUGAGCGCGAUGGCGGCGGGCGGCAAGGUGGCAACAGUGCUGUGCCUGGAUGUAGGCCUUACAAUGAGCAGCUCUUCCCCUGGUGAAGAGUCUUCACUUGAGCAAGCCAAGAAGAUUAUGACAAAGUUUGUGCAGCGACAGGUUUUUGCUGAGAGUAAAGAUGAAGUCGCUGUAGUUCUGUUUGGCACUAAUGGCACUAGAAAUGGCCUUGCCAGUGAGGAUCAAUACCAAAACAUUACUGUACAUAGAUCACUAAUGCUGCCAGAUUUUGAUCUGCUGGAAGACAUUCAAAGUGUGAUUAAAGCAGGCUCUAAACAAGCAGACUUUUUGGAUGCUAUUAUUGUGUGUAUGGACUUGCUUCAGAAGCAGACAAUAGGAAAGAAAUGUGAGAAGAGACACAUUGAACUGUUUACAGACCUUAAUAGUCCUGUCAGUGAGGAUCAGCUGGGAAUUAUCAUUGCUAACUUGAAGAAAACAGGAACUUCUCUUCAGUUUUUUCUGCCAUUCCCAGUGAGUGUUGAUGAUGGAAGUGGAGAUACAAGUGCCAGUGUACAUGCUCAUAUGCACAGAAACUCUUCUCCAAUAAAGGGUUUAACUGAACAACAAAAGCAAGGUGUUGACGUGGUGAGGAAGCUCAUGUAUACUUUGGAUGAAGAAGGAGGGCUGGAAGAAAUUUAUACUUUCAGAGAGAGCCUGGAACGUCUUUCAAUGUUUAAGAAAAUGGAAAGGAAGCCUAUGCCUUGGCCCUGCCAGCUCACUAUUGGUCCUAAUUUGUCUAUAAGGAUUGUGGCCUACAAAUCAGUCACAGAAGAGAGGGUGAAAAAACUUUGGGCAAUUGUGGAUGCUAAAACCCUCAGAAAAGAGGAUGUGCAAAAAGAAACUGUUUACUGCUUGAAUGAUGAUGAUGAGACAGAGGUUCAGAAAGAUGAUACUAUUCAAGGUUUUCGGUAUGGGAGUGAUAUAGUUCCUUUUUCCAAGGAAGAUGAAGAGCAAAUGAAAUACAAAACAGAAGGAAAGUGUUUUUCUGUUUUGGGAUUCACUAGAUCCUCUCAGAUCCAGAGGCAUUACUACAUGGGCAACCAAGCUCUGAAGGUCUUUGCAGCAAAAGGUGAUGAGAAUGCAGCAGUUGCUUUUUCUGCACUUGUUCGUGCCCUGGAUGAGUUGAAAGUGGUGGCUGUAGUGCGCUAUGCUUAUGAUAGAAGAUGCUAUCCACAAAUUGGAGUAGCUUUUCCGUGUAUUAAGGAUGCAUAUGAGUGUCUCAUCUAUGUGCAGCUACCCUAUAUGGAAGACCUAAGACAAUAUGUAUUUUCAUCCUUGAAAAACAGUAAAAAAUGCCUUCCUACAGUGGAUCAGUUAUCUGCUGUUGACUCACUGAUUGAUUCGAUGAAUUUGGUUCAAGAAGAUGGAGAAACUUUUGAGGACCUAUUUAAGCCCAGCAAAAUUCCAAACCCUCAUUUUCAAAGAUUAUAUCAGUGUUUGCAGCACAAGGCUUUUCACUCUGAUAAGCCACUGCCACCAAUAGAGCAGCACCUUUUAGAAAUGCUGGAUAUGCCUUGUGUGGUAAGAGAAAGGUGUCAGGCUCCUCUGGAAAGAGUAAAAGCACUUUUUCCCCUAAAGGAAGUUGGCAAGAAAAAAGAAGAGAAGACUGCACAAGACAUCUUCAAAGACAAUGAAGAUGAACCCAGCCUUAAGAAACCAAAAAUUGAAGAUGAGGAAGAGAGCUUUAGCCUUAUGAAACUUGCUGAAGGCAAUAUCACCUCUGUAGGCAGUGUUAACCCAGCAGAAGAUUUCCGAAUUCUGGUGAGGAAGAAAAAUGCUGACUUCAAAGAUGUGAGUCAGCAGUUGAUAAACCGCAUUGAUCAGUUCUUGGAAAAUAAAGGUUCCCAGUACUACAUGAAAGGGAUUGACUGUAUCAGAGUUUUUAGAGAGGAGGCCAUGAAGCUGUCCAAGGUGCAGUGCUUUAAUGACUUUCUGCAGGAACUGAAAUCAAAGUUGGAAGAUAAAGCCUUAUCUGAUUUCUGGGAGAUUAUGGUACAAGAAAGAAUUUCUUUGAUCACUAAAGAUGAAGCGGAAGGAAGUUUGGUGACAGGUGAAGAGGCUGAGAAGUUCUUGGCUCCAAAAGAACAGAAAAAUGAAACUCUGCCUCCUACAGAUGAAGGUGGUGAUGUUGAUGAUUUGCUGGACAUGAUGUGACCAGUGAUACAUGGUGACUAUAAAAGCAAAGUUUUGGAAGAGAUGUCUCUGGGAGAUGGGGCCCAAAAAAAGAUGCUAUGAGAAGACAGUACAUCCAUCUUUAUUUUCUCAAAUGAGAACAGAAAUCCCAGAAACAUUUCCAGCUGGUAUAAAUGGCACCUGACUUUCAAAACUAGAACAGAAGAUUGAAAUUGUCUGAAGUAUUUGGGAAGUAAUGAUACCUUUAAGGCAUCUUUUUUUUUUUUCCUUUAGAACUGAAUUUAGCUUAUCCUUUGUAUUGCUUUAAGCUGAACACUACUAAAUUUAAUGAGAAUCUGUUCUGAUGCCUGAAAUUCUUGUUAUAUUGCCUGGGAAGGAAGACAGAAAUGUAACAGCAAGGUUACCAGGUAAUACUGAAUAUUUAGUGGAGAUAACCCUAUAGGUUUAUUGUUACAGAAGGGGAAAAGUCUGUUAUUUUCAUGCUUUAAAAAAACCAACCAACCAACUCAAA